GUUUUUGAGAGGUCAGUUGAGUUGAGGCGAUAAGGGGCGAGGAAGAAAUCAAGCGACUACCGACGCACUUCGCAACUCUUUUGAUGAUGGGCUUUUCCACCAUUAGCAGUUCUUGCUGCGGCGUGGGCUGGAGAAACUCGAGCUUGUUUACGCCCCUCAAUUUCGCAAUCUCCAAUGGAGCUGCUUCAUCUCAAAAGCAAUCCCCCAAAUUCAUCUCAGCUCACGCUUCUGCUUCUUCAUCUACAGAUCCUUUGUUGGUCAAGGCUGCAAGAGGGGAGCCGGUAAACCGUCCUCCUGCAUGGAUGAUGCGUCAAGCAGGAAGGUACAUGGCUGUUUAUAGAAAGCUUGCAGAGAAAUAUCCAUCCUUCAGAGAGAGAUCAGAGACGACUGAUCUCAUUGUGCAAAUUUCUUUGCAGCCAUGGGAAGCUUUCCGUCCCGAUGGAGUUAUUAUUUUCUCUGACAUACUUACCCCACUACCUGCAUUUGGUGUUCCUUUUGAUAUAGAGGAUGUGAGAGGUCCGGUGAUACAGUCUCCCAUUCGUUCCGAAGAGGACUUGAAAGUGUUGCACCCUAUCGAUUUGGAGAAACUACAGUUUGUCGGUGAUUCUCUUAAGAUACUGCGGAAAGAGGUAGGGGAACAAGCUGCAGUUUUGGGCUUUGUUGGAGCUCCUUGGACAAUUGCUACAUACAUCGUUGAAGGUGGGACAACUCGAACGUAUAAAACAAUAAAGAGCAUGUGUCAUACGUCACCCACUUUGCUAAGGAGUCUUCUGUCACAUCUUACAAAGGCAAUAGCUGAAUACGUCAUCUACCAAGUAGAGUCUGGAGCUCAUUGCAUACAGAUAUUUGAUUCGUGGGGUGGUCAAUUGCCACCUCAUAUGUGGGAAAUGUGGUCUAAGCCUUACAUCGAUGAGAUAGUGAGAACAGUGAAGCAGAAAUGCCCUCAAACCCCUCUUGUACUCUAUAUCAAUGGAAAUGGUGGAUUUUUAGAACGGAUGAAAGGAACUGGAGUUGAUGUGAUCGGGCUCGACUGGACAGUGGAUAUGGCUGAUGGAAGGAAACGGUUGGGUAGUGACAUUUCUAUACAAGGAAAUGUGGAUCCUGCCUGUCUAUUUUCUCCUCUUCCUGCCAUAACCAAUGAAAUCAAAAGGGUCAUAAGCAGUGCAGGGACGAAAGGCCACAUUCUGAACCUGGGCCAUGGAGUUCUUGUUGGUACACCGGAGGAUGCAGUGGCUCAUUUCUUCGAUGUUGCAAGAAGCUUUGAUUAUGAUUCCAGAGUUCAAAACCGUGCAGCCGGGGAACCCAAUUUGGUAGCUUGAGAGUCCAGUUUUGUUGUACAAAUAGACUGUUCUUCCCAGGUAUGAGCUAACUAAUCAGUUUUUUUUCCAGCAUAGUUUUUUGGUAAUAUUUAUUCAUCAUUGUAUCGAAGAACCAUAUGCACUUGCACAUGAUGAGCCCACUCUAUUUGAUUAAAUUUCAUAGUUUCAAUUUCUUUGGUGCCUCAA